GACAGAUCGAGACCAACACCCCCAGACAGAACAUCAAAGGUCAUUUCCACGAUGAAGCUGACCACACAUCUGUUCAUGCCGGUGCUGGCAUGCGCAACUCGAUUGGCAGAAGCAGCCAAAGCACACGUCUACACCUACGAUCCCGCAUCCACCACCACCACCCCAGGCCACAGCGGGAAAGAUCUGUCGCCAGUGACGGCGCGACUAGUGUUGGCUCAACGAGCGGGAGUGGAAGACUACCAUCACACAGAUCUGCUACGGCAAGAAGUCAUCGAGGCCAUCAACGACUUUGGCAAGCGGACUCCCCUGUUCGCGACGCGCAAUGCCGGGAGGAAUAACGCAUUUAUAUUGCUCGAGGGCGUGGCAGAGAGCAUACCCUUCUUCCACGAAAGCUCCGCGCGACACUCCUUCGGCAUAUCCCCUGUGCCCGCCUCGGCGGCCACCAGAGGGCUAUUCGUAGACCUUGCAAAGCAGGAGAACCCCGGAUGGGCGGCGUCAGACGACGAGGUCCUUGAGAAUCUGCGCUCUAAUGAGAAGUACCACCAAGGCCAAGGAAACAUCUUCUACAUCGCUCGAACAGUGGAGGAUCUGCUAGCAGCAUGGGAACGUUGGGAGAAAGACGGCACUUUCGCCAUCACCGCGCUUGUCACGCCUGCAGAUGUGGGUUCGACCAGCAGCAAUGAAGGCAAAUUCCAAUGGGGUACAUAUGCAAUGCCAAACCCGAAGACUUUGUUGCAUAAGAGGCAGCGAUUUCCUCAGGAAGAGCCUAUGAGCAUCACGGAUACAAGCAAUCCCGUCCAGUCACCAAAGGAGACUCCGGUCUCGACCUUUCAGUCCAACAACACCACGCCCCUUCGAGGCAUCCUUCCCGCCUGCUUCACAUCGCAAUCCGCAUGCGAGAGCGCGACAAGAAACUGCACGGGACACGGACAGUGCAACCUCAAGUAUCACGAUGCCGACUCUCUCGGUCCACGUGGUGAGACAGGUCUCGACUGCUGGUCAUGUCUUUGCACGAAGCCCACGAGUGCUGCUGGCAAGAAGACUACAGUAUGGGGUGGUCCAGCGUGCCAGAAGAAGGAUGUCAGUGUGGAAUUUUGGUUGAUUGCACUCUUCACUGUGGGCAUGAUUGGCCUUGUCAGCUUUGCUAUUGGCACGAUUUGGGAGAUGGGGUCGCAGGAGCUGCCGAGCGUUAUUGGUGCUGGUGUCUCUGGGCCGACUGCGAGGAAGUAGAGCUCAGCGUUUGACGCGCUGACAAGUGUGAUACUAUAGCGAAAGAAAGAUAUUGUACCAGAAAACGGCAUUGCACGGCGUUUGAGGAUUUCGUGUAGGAAUGUUGAGGCAAGGCUUUGGCAUGUACUUCAUACGGCACAAUUUUAUUAUGAUCAGCUGAAGCUAGCCGCGCUUCCAUGUGCCCACGGAAGGAAGUUGUGCGCUUCAUCUACGACGC